UGAAAUUGUUGAUUAUUAAUUAUCUAAAACACUGGCAGUCGUUACUAGAAAAAUUAACACCUUAAAAAAAUCUUCGCUAACGGACAAACAAAUCUAUUUUUCAGCUCAGUCGAAUUUUGGGUGCCACAGCAGAAGGUUAGGAUUAAAUAACGAAAAAAUGGUGUACGAUUUAGACGAAUCAGUCAACAUAACCGAAAAAAUCCUGUAUGAACCGAAAAUUGGUAAAGUGAAGAUUAGGCCGUUAUGUUACUUGGCAGCUCUCUUAUUUAUCGCUGAAGAUGCUGGACAACUUUAUUUAACGAAUAUUAAUUAUUUUGGACGAUCAGACCCUUAUUACAGUCACGUAGAAUGGCCCCUAAACCUGGCAUUACGAGUCGUAUCAAUUUUCACCGCUAUCGUCUUAAUUUACGGCAUUCAAAUGCAACGAUCAACACCAAUUGCGGUAUUCUUGUGGACCCAAUUUGAAGUUAACAUGAUCUACAUUCCAUUUUAUUGCUACAAAGCAAUUGAAGGAAUGCUCAAAUACGGCGAAAAUUACCAAAUGUGGGGAAUUUUCGUCAUCAAAUGCGCUCUUUGGUGGAUGAUAAAUUCGCAACAUAAUUACGUGAAAGAGAAAGAAUGCGUUGAACGAGGCAUCGUGAAACGAUCAACGGCAUGCACGAAGGUCAUAAGAUAUCGAUUACCAGGACAAAAAACCAGCAUUUAAUCGGAUUUUACGUGACAAUUGUGGUUUUUUACCUUGCAUGAGCUGGUUUUAGCACUUAAUUUAAAAAAAAU